GUUGGGAAAAUGGCGGCAGCGGCGGCUGUAGCGGCGGCCACCGAAAGCGCCGGGGGUAAAAUGGAGGAACCGCCGGCGGCGGCGGCUCCGCCGCCUCCCAACGGGGCGGGCGGCGCCGGGGAAGCGCCCGCCAAGAGUGAAGGUGAACGACCGAGUCAGAAUGAGAAAAGGAAAGAGAAGAGUGUGAAAAGAGGAGGGAAUCGCUUUGAGCCAUACGCUAAUCCUGCCAAGAGAUACAGAGCUUUUAUUACAAAUAUUCCAUUUGAUGUGAAGUGGCAGUCUCUGAAAGAUCUGGUCAAGGAGAAAGUUGGUGAGGUAACAUACGUGGAGCUCUUAAUGGACGCUGAAGGAAAGUCAAGGGGAUGCGCUGUUGUUGAAUUCAAGAUGGAAGAAAGCAUGAAAAAGGCUGCAGAGGUUUUGAACAAGCAUAGUCUUGGUGGAAGACCGUUGAAAGUGAAAGAAGAUCCUGAUGGUGAGCAUGCCAGGAGAGCAAUGCAGAAGGUCAUGGCAGCUGGUGGAAUGGGUAUUGGCCCAGGCCCUGGUGGCCCUGGAAUGAUCAAUAUCCCACCUAGUAUACUCAACAAUCCCAACAUACCCAAUGAGAUCAUUCAUGCUUUACAGGCAGGGAGACUUGGAAGCACUGUCUUUGUUGCAAAUUUGGAUUACAAGGUUGGUUGGAAGAAACUGAAAGAAGUCUUCAGCAUGGCUGGUGCUGUGGUUCGAGCAGACAUACUAGAAGAUAAAGAUGGCAAAAGUCGUGGAAUUGGCACUGUCACUUUUGAACAAGCCAUAGAGGCUGUUCAGGCUAUAUCAAGAUUUUUUUUUUUGGAGAAUGGAAGUAAAUUACUUAAGAAUAAAACUUGCUGUUUUGUCAAAUUAUGGAAACAAGGCUUUUUUGAUAUCUGAAUAUUUUCUUCAGAUGGUCUUGGUGGUAUUGGCAUGGGAUUAGGACCUGGAGGUCAACCUAUUGAUGCAAAUCAUUUAAACAAAGGCAUGGGAAUGGGCAACAUGGGACCUGGAGGAAUGGGAAUGGAAGGCAUGGGAUUUGGAAUGAAUAAAAUGGGAGGAAUGGAAGGUCCUUUUGGUGGCAUGGAAAACAUUGGUCGCUUUCCAGCUGGAAUGAACAUGGGCAGAAUGAGUGAGAUGGAUCGUGCCAUGGGUGGAGGAUUUGAGAGAGAAUUUGGAAGAAAUGAAAUGGGAAUGUCUCGUAGUUUUGGAGAGACCUUGGAAAGAGGAAUAGGUGGUGGAAAUGCCAGCAUUCCUGGGAUUGAGAGGAUGGCUCCUGGCAUUGAUCGUAUGGGCUCGGGAAUAGAAAGAAUACCUUCUGGGAUGGGUCAUGGGAUGGAGAGAGUAGGGUCAGAAAUAGACAGGAUGGGUCUUGUUUUGGAUCGCAUGAGUUCCAAUGUGGAUCGAAUCGGUUCUGGAAUUGACCGAAUGGCCCCUCUGGGCAUAGAUCACAUUGCUCCUAACAUUGAGAGGAUGGGACCAGCUAUUGAGAGAAUGGGUUCCGGCAUAGAAAGAAUGGGUUCUGGAAUAGGCUUUGGUAUUGAGAGAAUGGGUGCUGCCAUUGAUCGUGUUGGUACUACUAUGGAUAGAAUGGGAUCAGGUGUAGAACGUAUGGGCUCUGGCAUGGAUAGAAUGGGUAUAGGUAUGGAGCGUAUGGUCCCUGCUGGAAUGGGAACUGGAAUGGGUCAGGUCAUAGAGAGAAUGCCAGCUGGCUUGGAUCGCAUAGGUGCCACUCCUAUGGAAAGAAUAGGAAUAGAUCGUAUGGGUGCUGCUAGCAUGGAGAGAAUGGGCUUGGAGCGCAUUGGAGCCACUAAUAUGGAAAGAAUGGGUCCUGCCAUGGGGCAGGGCAUGGGAGCAGGCAUAGAUCGCAUGGGACUUGCAAUGGGAAGCAAUUUUGAAAGAACAAUGGAAAUGGAACGUGGAAACUUUGCAGGCAAUUUUGCAGGCUCCCUUGGAGGAACUGGAGGACCUGCAGCUGGGGUGGCCAGAAAAGCUUGUCAGAUAUUUGUGAGAAAUCUGCCCUUUGAUUUUACAUGGAAAAUGCUGAAAGAUAAAUUUAAUGAAUGUGGCCACGUGCUGUAUGCUGAUAUCAAGAUGGAGAACGGGAAAUCGAAAGGAUGUGGUGUGGUUAGAUUUGAGUCCCCAGAAGUAGCUGAGAGAGCCUGCCGCAUGAUGAAUGGGAUUCAGCUCCGUGGGAGGGAGAUAGAUGUGCGAAUCGAUAGAAAUGCUUAAGUAGUUGCUUUUUUAACACUGAUACCAGAUUUUUGAAUUUGUAUUUUUCUUGUUAACCAUUUUAAUUUGACUGGAUGUAAAGGUGUUAAAAUGAUUCAGUUGCUUUCUGGAGUAAUUUUAAUUACUUUUUUAACAAAUGGAUUUCCAUUUUACUGUUUUUUGCAUUGAAACUGCAAUGUGCACAAUCUUUUUUUGUAGUUGUGGCAUCUUGUUGACAUUACAGAUGUAAACAGUAUGACUUUGAUAAUAAAUGCAAAUUAAAGAUUUCA